CCUCAAUUGAUACUCAGCCGCUCAAACUCCUCUCCCUCUCCCUCAAACCCCUCCUUCAAUCCUCUGGCCGCGCUGUGAAGACCGCAACACAUCAUGCAAUCCGGAAUAUCAGCCUCUGCAGAGCUCACAGCCGCCUUCCAAAACCUUCUCUCCUCUCCCUCGCAGCGUGGUCUACUUAUUAGCAUCGAAUCCGAGCGCCUCGUUCCCUCGUCCACACUCCCAGGCACCUCAUCCUUUUACGCCGAUCUGUCUGCUCUCUCCACGCAGCUCAAGCCCGACGCCGCCCGCUAUAUCAUCCUGCGCCGCCCUGACUCCCUCUCCGCAACGUCCCAGCCCGGCGAACUAGUAUUGGUCACCUACAUCCCGCUCCCUGCACCCGUACGCCAGAAGACACUCUUCGCGAGCACGAGAUUGAGCUUACCGCGAGAACUGGGUAGCGAGCAUUUCGGUGAGCAUGUGUGGGUCGAACGCGCAGAUGAAGUCACGGAGGAAGGAUGGAGAAAGCAUGAGAAGCAUGUACAGCUGGACCAGCCCUUGACGCAGGAAGAAAGGGACUUGGUUGGGAUCAAGGAGGCCGAGGCGAAGGAGAGCGGGGGGACGGGGAGCAGACGGGGCCAUACGGGGGGCACUCUGGACAUACGUGUGGGUGACCGGGUGGUGGAUACCUUGAGGGACCUUAAGAACGGCGGGCCGAAUCUAGUGCAACUGAAGUUUGAUAUCCCGACGGAGACGGUUGUGUUGGAUUCGACAAAAAGUGCAACUCCGGCCUCACUUUCAAAUGAUAUCUCGUCAACGGAACCUCGAUAUUCGUUUUACAGGCAUACGAAUGAUGCGAUUCUCUUCAUAUACACCUGUCCUACAACGUCAAAAAUCAAGGAACGCAUGAUCUAUGCUACCUCGGAGCGAAGUGUGCGUGGACUCGCCACCUCUGAGGCAGGAAUCGAAAUUGCAAAGAAGCUCGAGGCCUCCAAUCCAGCAGACGUGACCGCCCAAAGCAUUGAGGACGAAUUUAAGGAAACCAUCGUUGAGACGAAACAGGCAUUCUCAAAGCCUAAAAGACCUGGUCGUCGCUAGAACAAUCAAAGAAGAUUAAAGUUGGCUGUGUACACUUCCAGGCCUGUGCUAAACAGCAGAUAGACACCAUGGUACAAUCAUACACACGGUCGUGUUUCAGUGCUAUGUGUCUCUAAUUGGAUGAUUUGUCAUGUCUAUUAUCAUAUACUUCGUUUGAAGCCCCCUUAUCUUUCAUAUCAUUCCUCGUGGACUUCGUUAGUGGAUGUGUAUGCACAGGGGUCACCUGCUCCACACCUUUUAACCCAAAAAGCAGACACCUUAACGUUCGUACCCUACUUUUAUAGUAAGUAGUUUAUGAAUGUUUCCAACACCGCAUCAUCAUAUUCGUGACAUCAUGUAGCGGAACUGAAAAUAGGAAAAAAAACUAGCAUCAAAACAUGUACAGACUACAAGGUAAAGGU